AUUCCAAACCUGUAGGUGGCGUAAGUGAAACUCAAGCCAGUUUCCCGCUCACGCGUAGCACAAAAGGAAGAAGAAGCAAGCUAACAGAACGGGGAGGUGCGGGUGCUAAGCUAACAUCUGUGUACUUGCACAACUUCAGCAACAAGAGCGACGUUAUGGAUUCGCCUCUACAGUCCAACAAGCAAAACCCCAACAAAGACGGAAAGCGCGGCCAGACUCGGACGAGCACGCCACCUCAAAAAGAUGCCUACGCCAAACUUCUCAGUCAGCACAGCAGUAAAAAAUUUAACCUCUAUCUAGAACAAUAUGCGAAAGAGAGGUCGAGUUUGCCAAGCACAUCAGCGACAUCUCAAACUGAAAGGCUCAACAUACCUCAGCGAAGAAACGAAAUGGCUCAAGAUUUCUCAGAUUCAAGUGACUUCUCGCCGUCCUCCAUGAAAGGCGGAGGAGAAAGCUCACUUUCUUUGUACAUGGAGAAGCUAAACAUCCAAAACUCAAAGCAAGACAGACCAAUAAAGCAAGGUGUAUUUGACAAACGGCAGGGGCAGAGAAGAGACACUACCACCAGCAUUGAUGGAGAUAUUGAGUCAGGGGAGGAGUUAAGUGCUGUGCUGGCAUGUGAGUCAAAAAUUCAAAAGAAAAACAAGGAGGCCAAACAGGAUUUAGAGAAUAAGGAAAUGCCUGUCGAGAAGGAUCGCACUCGCUCUCCCGACCAAGAGAAAAGCAAAAAGAAAAGGAACAGGAAGAAGAGCUCUACACAACAGGCAGAAGAGGAGCAAGUUGGAAUUCUGAAAUCGGAUGUGGAUGCUGAGAUGGCAAGGUCCAUGUCCCCUCGUGAUAAAAACAAACUUCAGCAACCACGAACCUCGACCAGCAGUUCUCCAGCAAUCCGAAACAAGAACCAAGGAGGCAAGGGACCUAAGAAGCAAGUGUAUGAGCCGUACAUGAGUUUGGAGGAGGUUUCCCAUGGCCUUAAAAGAGGAGAACUCAUCCAGGGACAGUUACGGAUCAACCCCAAAAAGUAUCAGGAAGCUUUCAUCCCAUCGCCUGACAACACGUGGGAUAUAUUCCUGGAUGGGUGUGUAGCUCGGAAUAGAGCUCUCAAUGGAGACAUAGUCGUGGUUCAGGUCCUACCACAGGAUCAGUGGAAGGUGGUGAAGUCCGACACUGAUUGUGAAGCCGCCAGCGAGCCAGAGUCCCAGAGAGAAAAUGUGGGCCAAAAGACUCGCUCUGAUGUGGUUGUUGAAGACCAGGGUUGUGACCGGAAGGAACUUCCAGAAAACAACUGUGCACUGCCCAAUGGGGGAAUCCUCCAGAAAACUGCUAAAGUGGUGUAUAUUGUUGAGAAGCAACACUCGAGAGCUGCAACAGGCUUCCUGAAGUUCCUCCCUGACAAGCCAUUUGCUAUGUUUUCCCCCGUUGACCACCGUGUACCACGGAUAAAUGUUCCCCUGAGUGACUGUCCCGAAGACUUCCGGACCCGCUCAGCCGACUAUGCUAACACCUUGUUUAUAUGCCGGAUUACUAACUGGGCUGCAGAUAGCAACUUUGCAGAGGGUCAACUGGCGAAGACACUUGGUCAAGCAGGAGAGAUCGAGCCCGAGACUGAGGGAAUUCUGAUGGAGUGCGAUGUUGAUUUUUCUGAGUUCUCUGACGAAGUGUUAGACUGCCUGCCCAAGAAUCUUCCCUGGUCGAUCCCACCGGAGGAGCUGAGCAGAAGGAAAGACCUCAGGAGCGAGUGUAUCUUCUCCAUUGACCCUGCCACUGCCAGAGACCUGGAUGAUGCGCUCUCCUGUAAACUGCUUCCAGACGGUAAUUUCGAGGUGGGCGUCCACAUCGCCGAUGUGACUUAUUUUGUGAAAGAGGGCAGCGCUUUGGACAUGGCUGCCAGCCAACGAGCCACAAGCGUCUACCUGGUUCAGAAAGUGGUCCCCAUGUUGCCACGGCUGCUUUGUGAGGAACUCUGCAGUCUGAACCCUCUCACUGACAGACUCACUUUCUCUGUCAUUUGGAAGCUCACACCUGAGGGGAAGAUUCUGAGCGAGUGGUUUGGCAGGUCUGUAAUCCGCUCCUGUGUGAAGCUGAGCUACGACCACGCUCAAAGCAUGAUUGAUUCUCCAGACAAAAUGUUUGAGGCCGGAGAGCUGCCGCCCAUAGAUCCCGCACACCCCAUCGAUGAGAUCCAUCAGGCUGUGCUGAACCUACACUCCAUUGCCAAGAACCUCAGAGCCCAGCGUUUCUCCGGAGGCGCCCUCCGACUGGACCAGUUGAAGCUGUCUUUCACUUUAGACAAGGAGACAAUGAUGCCUCAAGGCUGCUACGUGUACCACUACAGAGACAGUAACAAGUUGGUGGAGGAGUUCAUGCUUCUGGCCAACAUUGCCACCGCAAGCCACAUUUACAAGAGCUUUCCAGAGCUAGCAUUACUCCGUCGCCACCCGCCCCCAAAAACCAAGAUGGUGGACGAGCUGCAGGAGCUGUGUGACCAGUUGGGCAUUGACAUUGAUUUCUCCUCUGCUGGAGCACUGCAUAAGACUCUCCACACCACUCUUGGUGAUGAUGAAUAUUCAGCUGCCAGAAAAGAUGUCCUCACCCACAUGUGCUCCAGACCCAUGCAGAUGGCACUUUACUUCUGUUCAGGCGCUCUCAAGGAGGAGAAGUUAUUUAAGCAUUAUGCUCUCAAUGUUCCUCUUUACACUCACUUCACAUCACCAAUCAGACGCUACCCUGACAUCAUUGUGCACCGUCUUCUGGCUGCCUCACUGAAAAAAGAACGCAGAGCUAAGUUUGGGUUGUCGUCAGAUGAAGUCCAGAAGCAGGCGUCCUACUGUAAUCAGAAGAAGACUCUGGCCAAGAGAGUGAGUGAACUGAGCUCCGAGUUGUUCUUCGGUGUUUUCGUGAAGGAAUGUGGCCCACUGGAGUCUGAGGCCAUGGUGAUGGGAGUUCUGGAUCAGUCCUUCGAUGUUCUUGUUCUGUCCUAUGGAGUGCAGAAGCGAAUUUACUGCAAGAACGUGCCGGGCCUGAAGACAUUUUAUCAUCGAAAGGUUGGGAAGAAAUCUGAGCUGACGCUUGUUUGGGAGGCACAAGAGCUUGAAGGGGAUCCACAGGAGCAGGUGAUCUCCAUUUUCACGGUGUUGGAGGUGCAACUCCAGGCUGACAGUGGAGGUGCCAAGUCUGGUAAAAUGAGCUCCGUCGCCGUUCUCAAGAGGCCUGAGGGAACUAAAUAACAGGGAAGGUCCCUUCUACGCACAUGGAAGAAUUCACGUUGCACUUUUCUUUGUCGAAGUGUUGUGAUUUUAAAAUGAUUUGUAGUUUAACCAGCUUGUUUAUGAUGGCCAACCAAGUUCAGAGUUUAAGGGUGACAUGGUUUUAUUUUCGACUUUUUGCUUAACCUCAUAAUGACGCUAUUUUUACAGUGUGAAAACCAGUGUUUUUAACUGUUCUGUUGUGUGACAUUUUCAAAUGCUUCACAUUUGCAAUGUACUUGAUGGCAACAUCGAGGCUUGAACAUUUUCGCUGGCAUUGACUCAUGAAUAUUCAAAAAAACAUGUUUACAGAACAGAUGAUGCAUGGAGCAGAAACAGCAGUCAGGAUUCAACAUCUCUUUUAAGAUUGAAAUGUUAUUUUAUGUGAAAUGUGUUAACUGUAGGCUGCUGUGUGAAUAUUUUUCUUUGAUUUGUUCUUUUUUAAAUGCAAAAUAUGGGCAUUACUUGAAUGUGAACUGCUGCUUACAGUCAGAAGUGACCUUGACUUUUGUGUUUCAUAAAGGAAAUUCAAACCAAAACAUGAAAGUUGUUUUAAUAUAAAGAAAGUCACCAACAAGCAUAUAGUGAUACCUCUGGAGCCUUUUAACUGUGCCAUGUAGGACCAUGUAUAGUUUACUUUCUCUCAAAGUAAAUCCCUUCUUAAUGCAUUAUUGUUGCACAGCCAGUGGUACAAGCUUUUUUUUUUUUUUUUUUUUUUUUUUUUUUUAAGUUCCCCCCUUCUCUCUCACCCUAUUGUGCCCAACCAUUCUAGUUUAAUUUAAGGAGGCAAAUAAGGAUUUUAUUUAGAAGGAAUUUGACUAAGAUCAAACUUCCAUUUAGGUCCAUCAAAAAUAUACUCAACUGCAAUGUAAUAAGCAUUUUAAUAAGCAUCUUAGAGGCAUCAUGUUCUGCUCCACACUGUAACAAUCUUUAAUGUUAAAAUAUCUCAAAUGAUUGUGCUUGGGCAUCAAAGUUUUAGAAUUGCGUUCAUGUUGUUGAAGCUGUUCCCAUCUGACCUUAAUUUAUUGCCCGACAUCACCACAGAUGUGGAUGUUUGUCUCUUGGUGAAUAAAGACUUGCAAAC